CGCGGGUCCGUACUCCAUCGUGGCGAAUAUCUCUGGGGCGCGGGACUCUGCGCGCGUGGCGGCCAUCCCCCGUCCAGACCGCUUUCCAACCGACUGCCGGGCGCUCUACCCGAGUGAACCUCGAGAAACCGGAAGCGUGGCUGUCCUUUAAACAAUUGGCGUGUUGUUGGACCUAGAGAGCAUCUAGAGAUGUUGUCCCCCAACAGAUUUGACGGUAUCUGAUCCGAGUGGAAUUGCAGCCUCCGGCAGAUUCCUCGAUUUUCAUAUACAGCGGCGGGUGUCGGAGUCUGUUGAGGGUCCGGGAAGCAGGCCCCCCACGUCGGGGUUGCUGGGGACGCCUAGCUCUCUUCCCCGGGGCCAUGGCGGACUUGAAGCUGCUGGUGCCGGAGCUGAACGAGGCGGAGGAAAUGGGCGCUGACACGGCACGUUUCCAGGAGCUGCUGCUGCAGGCCUCCAAGGAGCUGCAGCAGGCCCAGACGAGCGGACCAGAAUCAACACAGAUCCAACCCCAACCAGGCUUCUGCGUAAAGACCAACUCAUCGGAAGGGAAGGUUUUCAUCAACAUCUGUCACUCUCCCUCCAUCCCGCCUCCGGCUGACAUGACCGAGGACCAGCUGCUUCAGAUGCUGGAGGAGGACCAAGCCGGGUUUCGCAUCCCCAUGAGUCUGGGGGAGCCUCACGCCGAACUCGAUGCCAAAGGCCAGGGCUGUACCGCCUACGACGUGGCUGUCAACAGCGACUUCUACCGGCGGAUGCAGAACAGCGAUUUCCUGCGAGAGCUGGUGGUCACCAUCGCCAGGGAGGGCCUGGAGGACAAGUACAGCCUGCAGCUGGAUCCGGAGUGGCGCCUGCUGAGGAACCGGCCAUUCAUGGGCUCCAUCUCCCAGCAGAACAUCCGCUCCCGCCAGCGCCCUCCGAUCCAGGAGCUGGGGAACGUGUUUACGGCCGGCUCCCUGCGGCCUGAGGGCAGCCCUGAGAAGCCGCACCUGAGCCUCUGGCUGGAAGCCCCCGACCUCCUUUUGGCGGAAAUCGACCUCCCCAAGCUGGACGCAGCUCGGGGGCUGUCGCUGGAGGUCGGGGAGAACCGCCUGGUGCUGGGGGGCCCCCAGCAGCCGUACCAUCUGGACGUCUACAUCCCCCUGCGGGUCAGCUCCGAGGAGAGCAGGGCGGCCUUCCAUCGGAAGAGAAGGCAGCUGAUGGUGGCCCUGCCCCUGCUGUCCGCACCGUCCUGACCCUGCGGGCUCCGGGUGGGAGAGGGGGACCGCUUCUCUGAAACGGAAAUAAAAGAGUUCGCUUUCCACUGUGUCCGGCUGGGGAUG